ACAUGAGGAUAUAUACAAGGGCCGAGCAAUAUAUUCGCUACUUUUUGCUUUAUUUUCUUUUAUAUUUGUUUAUUUCCAUUGAAAUUUGGUACAGACAUAGAGUGUAGAAUUCCGCAUCUUUUGAUUCCAUUUUCAAGCCCAUUGCCAAAUAUGGCAAAAAAUUAUGGUUGUCAUAGCAACGGGAGGAAUGAGCCACCGGAGCUGCCCAUAAUUUUACUGCAAUUGCACAUGCAACAAUAUCUUUAUAUGCCCAUUUCUCAUAACAAAAACAUUCAGUUUGGGUAAUUUUUAUAAACAUUGCUUACUGGACAUUGAUCCAAUAUUCAGAAGAAUGGUUGUGAUGUCAUAGAUGUUCUUUUCAAACAAUAAAGAGGUCACAAUUGAUCCGCAUAUGCAUCACAAAAGGGAGACUCUGCUUCCUGAGUUGCAUCAAGAAGCAAGCAUGGUAAAUGCAAAUCUAAAAGAACAGAGACUUUGUAUAAAAAUAUCAGUGAAAAAGGGACACACAUUAAAAAAAGCUGUGGAGGACUGUAGAACUACAUAUGGGGAAGCUUGUGGGAGCUAUUACUUUAUUAGACAUUGGUUUAAAAGGUUUGAACUUGGACGCAACUCAGUUGAUGAGAAUGAGCUACGCGGGCAGAGGUUUGGUGAACGUGAAGAAGUUGUUGAGGCCGUCCAUAAGGCCCUAAAAGACCUCUAUGGAAAUGGAAACGCAACAGGCCUAUCAAGACUGGCUUUCCCGAUGUAGAAAAUGCAUAGCUGCAGAUGGACACUAUUUUGAGAAUGAGGCAUGGAAUGAGGAGUAACUGUCUUAAUUAACAAAAAGGACAUUUUGUAUAAAAGUUGUUUUCUGAAACAUUGUCACAAAUGUCAGCUCCGGUGGUCACUAUCAACCAAUAUUCAAUGCCAUGUAAAAUAUUACGGAUGUAACCAAAUAAAUGCACAUUUGGUGAUAUUACAGAAAAAUGUUUUUUCUAUUAUUUUGGAAAAUUUCAGGUAAGAUACUUUAUUAUUAACAAUUUGAGAGCAAAAAGUAGCGAAUAUAUUGCUCGGCCCUUGUAUAUAUUAUUU